AUGCAUAAAAUGGGAUCCCGACAAAGUCGAGGGAACCACACCUUCUUCCUCAAACACACGAAAGAUAAGGUAACUGCUCUAUUAGUUUAUGUUGAUGACAUUGUUGUGACAGGAAAUGAUGAAGCUGAGCAAGAAAGCCUAAAACAAAAUCUUGCUAAGAAAUUUGAGAUUAAAGACCUUGGAAGGCUAAAGUAUUUCUUAGGCAAUGAGGUGGCCUAUUCUCAAAAAGGAAUCCACCUAUCUCAGCGUAAGUACACUCUUGACUUAUUGACUGAGACUGGAUUGCUAGGAGGAAAGGGAGCUCAGAUUCCAGUAGAUCCAAACAUCAAGCUACGAGAAAAUUACUCUGGAGAAGCAAUAGAUAAAGGGCAGUUCCAAAGGUUGGUAGGGAAACUGAUAUAUCUCUCACAUACUAGGCCGGACAUAGCAUUUGGAGUAAGCCUAGUAAGUUAA